AUGGAUAUUCUUUGUGAAGAAAACACUUCUUUGAGCUCAACCACGAACUCCUUAAUGCAAUUAAAUGAUGACACAAGGCUCUACAACAGCAACUUUCACUCCGGAGACACAAACACUUCAGAUGCAUUUAACUGGACAGUUGACUCGGAAAAUCGAACCAACCUUUCCUGUGAGGGCUGUCUGUCCCCACCAUGCCUCUCCUUACUUCAUCUCCAGGAAAAAAACUGGUCUGCUUUGUUGACAACUGUAGUGAUCAUUCUAACCAUUGCUGGAAACAUACUCGUCAUCAUGGCAGUGUCCCUAGAGAAAAAGCUGCAGAACGCCACCAACUAUUUCCUGAUGUCACUUGCCAUAGCUGAUAUGCUGCUGGGUUUCCUUGUCAUGCCCGUGUCCAUGUUAACCAUCCUAUAUGGUUACCGGUGGCCUCUGCCCAGCAAGCUCUGCGCCAUCUGGAUUUACCUGGAUGUGCUCUUCUCCACGGCCUCCAUCAUGCACCUCUGCGCCAUCUCGCUGGACCGCUACGUCGCCAUCCAGAACCCCAUCCAUCACAGCCGCUUCAACUCCAGAACCAGGGCAUUUCUGAAAAUAAUUGCUGUUUGGACCAUAUCAGUAGGUAUAUCCAUGCCAGUACCAGUCUUUGGGCUACAGGAUGAUUCCAAGGUCUUUAAGGAAGGGAGUUGCUUACUUGCUGAUGACAACUUUGUCCUGAUCGGCUCUUUCGUGGCAUUUUUCAUUCCCUUAACCAUCAUGGUGAUCACCUACUUUCUAACUAUCAAGUCUCUCCAGAAAGAAGCUACUUUGUGUGUGAAUGAUCUUGGCACACGGGCCAAAUUAGCUUCUUUCAGCUUCCUCCCUCAGAGUUCCCUGUCUUCAGAAAAGCUCUUCCAGCGGUCGAUCCACAGGGAGCCUGGGUCCUACGGCAGGAGGACUAUGCAGUCCAUCAGCAAUGAGCAAAAAGCUUGCAAGGUGCUGGGCAUCGUCUUCUUUCUGUUUGUGGUGAUGUGGUGUCCCUUCUUCAUCACGAACAUAAUGGCUGUCAUGUGCAAAGAGUCCUGCAACGAGGAAGUCAUCGGAGCCCUGCUCAAUGUGUUUGUUUGGAUUGGUUACCUCUCCUCCGCAGUCAACCCGCUAGUGUACACACUGUUCAAUAAGACCUACAGGUCAGCCUUUUCACGGUAUAUCCAGUGUCAGUACAAGGAAAAUAAAAAACCGUUGCAAUUAAUUUUAGUGAACACUAUACCAACCUUGGCCUACAAGUCUAGUCAGCUCCAAAUGGGACAAAAUAAAAAUUCAAAGAAAGAUGCCAAGAUGACAGAUAAUGACUGCACUAUGGUUGCUCUAGGAAAACAAUGUUCAGAAGAUGCUCCUACAGACAAAAUCAACACAGUGAAUGAAAAGGUUAGCUGUGUGUGA